AUAGUCUGUGCUAAAGUUGCCGGCACGGCGGCACUCCUAUUUGUUGUUGGAGUGAGUGAGCGACUUCUAAAAUAAUAAAUAUUAUAAGACGUCUAUUAUACGUAAAUAUACUAUUUACAAAAAUAAAUUUACAAUAAACAUUGUUUAGAUGUCUAAUAGAAGUAUUCCGCCAUUCACCCAUUCUGGUAGGCCUUUAUAAUUUAUAGACAUAUAUAUUAUCCAAGUUUGACGUCUCGUAGCCUUGAUAAUAUGUUUACUUUAACAAUUAAUUGUUGCCAAAGAUCAAUAUUUGACAAAUGAAUUUCCUAAUCAGUAUUCAAUAUUUUUCAAUACACUUGUGUGAGUAUAAUCAAUACUCAAUAAAUUGAUCAACUGUGAUUAUGGAUGAUGUAAAUUAUUUGGGUACAAACAACAAUGAUGACAAAAUAAAUACAUCAUAUCAUUUUUUAGAAAAUACAGAGAAGCAACAUGUAAAAGUAUGCCAAGUAUUUUUAAGAAAAGUGUAUACACUUCUGAUACUUCAAUUGUUUGCAUUCAACUUCAUGGGAUUUUUCUGUUUAUUUACCCCAAAAAUACGAUUUUUUAUUUAUAAUUUUGAAUACAUGUUAUCAAUUACAUUAAUUUUCAAUGUGGCUGUACUUAUUUUCUUACAUAUGAAACGCAAGCAUUAUCCUGCUAAUCUUAUAAUCUUAAUAAUUUUUACUGUUAUAGAAGCUUGUACUGUAGGAAUUGUAGUCACGUCAUUUGAUUUAUUUAUACUGCUUCAAACAUUACUACUCACCUUAGUUUCAAUAAUAGCAACAACAUUAUAUUUAAGUAAGACAAAGAGAGUGGGAUUAUCUUUGACCGAAUAUUGUGUUUUGCUGAUCAUCACUAUAUUUUCGUCCGGUAUUUUAGUACAAAUAAUACUGGGCAGUACUACAUAUGAACUUGUAUUGUCGAGUAUCAGUUCAUUAUUAUUUUCAAUGUUCCUUGUGCAUGAUGCUCAGAAAUUGAUGUGGAAAUUACAUCAUGAAGAUUAUGUUUUUGGUACCAUCAGUAUAUAUUUUGAUAUAAUCAAUCUAGUUCCUUAUGCACUACAUAAAGUUUAUAACUUUAGAUUAUAAGAUAUUAUUAUUUUAAAAUUAGAAGGUAUAUAAGUUAUAUAUUUUUGUAUUGUCAUAUAAUUUUAUCUUACAUAAUAAUACAUAUAUUUUGGUUUAUAAUCCACAUAAA